GAAGGGGGCCCCUCCCGUCCAGCCGCCCCUCGACGGCAGGGAGGGGCGGGGCUAUGCAAAUCGACCCCCCUCCCGCAGCCAAUGGGCGGGCGAGGCGAGCCGCGGGGGCGGGGCGCCCCGCCGGGACUAGCGCUCGGCUCGACGGCGCGGCCGCUCCGACGGCGCGGGGAGCUCGGGGAGCGCGGCGGGCGAAUUGGAUUCUACCAGAUCAUAGAGAUUGUGGGUGGUGCUGCAUGUAUCUUUGGAGAUGAACUUCUCACAAGUGGCCUAGAUCCAUGCGUUCGUUUGCUGAUGUCCAGCUGGUUACAUCAGGAGCUUACUUGGCGAAGUGCCUGAGACUCGCAGCAGUGACUGAAGUCAGAAGGAGCUGACUUCUGAAUUUACAAGGCAGGAUGAAAGACCGGCUAAACGAGCUGCGUGAAUUUGCCAGGUUACACAACCCCGAGUUUUCUGAUAGUGAGGAGGAUGAAAAUUCACCCCGCGACAUUCUCCUUUAUGAGACUGAUUAUGCCUUGGAAACUCUUCAUAAAGAUAUACAGACCAUCCGGACAGAAAAUGACCUCCUAAAAGAGGAUGUCAAGCGGCUCAAAAAGCAAAACAGCCGCUUCCUUACUUCCAUGCGCCGUCUCAGUAGCAUCAAACGAGAUACUAAUGGUAUUGCCAGAGACAUCAAGGCCCGUGGAGAAAGCAUCCACAGGAAACUCCAAAUAAUGAGAGAUUUCAGCGAAGAUGCAGUAACAAAAUAUGGGAUUAUGUCUGUCAUUGCCAGGGUGGCAAAGAACCACUAUGUGGACCUCAUGCACGCCUUUCAGGAAGCUAUGUUUGAAUACAACGCAACGGAGAUGAACCAACGGGAGAACUGCAAGAUUCGAAUUCAGCGGCAGCUAGAGAUCAUGGGCAAAGACGUUUCUGGCAACCAGAUUGAGGAGAUGAUUGAGCAAGGCAAGUGGGAUGUCUUCUCUGAGAACCUCUUGUCUGAUGUUAAGGGGGCUCGCUCAGCCUUGAAUGAGAUAGAGACACGUCAUAAGGAGCUGGUGAAGUUAGAAAGUCGCAUUAAGGAGGUUCACGAGCUCUUUCUGCAGGUGGCCCUGCUGGUAGAAGAACAGGCAGACACCUUUGACGUCAUUGAGAUAAAUAUGCAAAAUGUUGAGGACUACGUAGGAGACGCCAAAGAACAAGUAAAAAAAGCUUUAGAAUACAGAAGAAAACACCCUCUACGAACAAUCCUUUGCUGCUGCAUAUCGUGUUGCCGAAGGUGACUAUCCUACUGAAGCUAUCACGGACCAACUUGAAUGUCUUCAAAAUCAGAUAUUCUUUACAAUGAUUUUUCUUUAAUGACAACCCGUAGAAGCAUGGGGGCUAUUGUGCAGUUGUUUGUUUUGUUUUGUAACUUGUUCCUAAAUGUGCUUAAAGGUAGUUCUAUUUAUGGGCUACUAGAAAUGUCGGUAAAGCUAUUUUUAAUUAUUUUUAAUUGAAAUGCAUUCUCUGGCUGUAACUAGAGGUGCAACUAUUUAGAAGAUCUCAGUGCAAUGAUACUUGUUUCAGGCAAGAAAGAGGAAUGAAGGAUGGGCUAAUAACUUAGCCUGGGGAAGAUGAGAAAUUUGAAGAAGCAACCUUAUUAUUCAAAGUGGUCUGCAGGCAGUGCAUACUUAAUGCCUGUGGUGACAGAAUACACCACAGAAUCAGGAGGUUUGAAUUUUAACUAGUUCGGAGCCUGCUUGUUGCAAAUACUUGAACAGAUUUGUGCUCUGCUCGUGUGACAAAAUACUGAGCGUGUUAGCAGGAGCAGGACACAGAACUCGUUUCUGUCCCUGGAAGUGUUCAAGGCCAGGCUGGAUAGGGCUUUGAGCAACCUGGCCUAGUGGGAGAUGUCCCUGCCCAUGGCAGGGGGUUGGAAUUGGAUGGUCUUUAAGGUCCCUCCCAACCCAAACCAUUCUGUGAUUUCCCUCUGUUACUGGGCUUAACAGAAGAAGGCUGCACCUUAAAACAUAAUAGGUGUAUUUUGCUCAGUUUGUGUGCAAGUGAUUGCUUUUGUCCAUUUUGAGCACCCACACUGCAACAUUGAGGCAUCUCACUGACUCUUAUGAAUUAAGCUACUGAUAAACUAAAUUUCAAACCUGCUGUGCUCUUAGUCUUUAAAUACAUUUUUCUGCCAAUUAACAGGUCAGUCAGUAGAAGAGAUACAUGCAGUGGCCCUCUUUAAAUGCACCCACAAGGAAACAACAGCUGGGGGUUAGAGAAAGCGUCUAAAGAGUCUCCUGUGCUUGCACGUACACACAAGCAGUUUUAGUGGAAGGAUUAUCCUGUCAAUAGACUUUUAAUAAGCAUUGAUUUUAAUAUGGACAUUUUGUAUAUAUUUUAUAUAACAUGAAGUAUUAAAUUUAUUAACAUCCACUUUGUUAUACAAAAACUAAGGCUCUUCUCCCGUUAUUAGAAAUCUCCACCUGGGAAAGAAAAUAGAAUUUGGGUGUAUUCUUCAGUAUACCCAAAGAAUAAAGGAAACAACAUUUUAAUGUCAUUUCAGUACUCUUUUCAAGCUUAAAAAUAAUCUCUCCUUUUGUGUAAGGAGAGCCUGCCUGCAGUUGGUUUGGCAUACGAGGAGGGAAAAGAAAAUUUGCCGCCCUGGAAACCACUGAGCAUUGUCAGUGAAGUAUGUAUUCAUAAGGUCUGGGGAGCGAUUAUAGCUCCUACUUCUGGAAGUUUUCCAACUAUGAUAUUUCUAAGUGGCUUCCUGAUACACUGUGAUUUAUUGCUAUCCUUUGAAUUAAUGCAGGACAUUUUUUCAGAAGUUAGUGACUUUUUUUUUUUUUACUCUGAUUGUAUUUAUACCUAUUUUAACAAACAUAUUUAAACAUUUCAAGUAUUUUGUAUUUGGGAUUUUUACUUGGAAGAUGUGCAUAGCCACCUUCCCGCACCAAUCACAACAAAACUUUUUCCUUCUGAUCUUUUGCACACUAAUUUUAUAUGUGAAAAAAAAACAACACCCAAACAUUUCGUACUAUUUAUAUUGAUAUAAAAAAAAAAAGCAAAACAGCAAAAUAAAUUCAGCUUCCAAGCUUUCAUAUCCUAGUGGGAAGUGCUUCUUUCCCAGACAGGCUUUUUCACACAAAUACAAGCUAAAUAGGUAACAGUUUUCAGAAACUGAAUGUAUCUUUAGCUGAAGCACCUGUCUGUGGUAACAUGGAAGCGUGAGGAACACUGGUCUUCUAAACUAGAAGAUAUUUUGAUAUUCAAUGAUGUCCUGAUGAUAUCAGUAUUACACUUGCCUGAGAACCUCUCAAAGAACCCAACAUUCAAACUUGGAAGUGGGAGAAAGGAGGGUUGAAGUUGAGCUGGCACCAUUAUUACUGCUUUGGUGCUAGUAAGAAGACAAAAGUCAUUUACUCUGUACGUACUGCCAUUCAAGUCAGUGGCAGUGUAUUAGUAUUAGUAGAGUGUAUGUGUAUUAGCAGAGAAAUACCCCAAACCUCCCCCGGUCAGAAUGUGGAUAUAAAUCCGUGAGAAAUAAGAUAGGUAUUUCAUUUUGUCUGCAUAUUCUUAGCACUUACCAAUGCUUUUGAUAAAAAUGUGUACCCCGUUUUUUGUUUUCUUUUUUGCACGUGUGUCUGCAAAGGCAAUAAAAUAUUUAAUAAUAAAAAUUGAAAAUGCAGUUUGUUAUGCCUUGAAUCAGCGGUUCUGAAUAGUUUCUUAUGUUGUCAAAGUUCACUUUAAAAGCUACCGGACUAAACUCUAAGUUGGUGAAAGGAGAUCAUUGCCUAAAAGAAUGUCCUCUGAAUAUUUGUUGCCACAGUAAUAUGUUGCGUAUUGAGACUUGAGACUUGUAAUAUUUUUUCCUAUUAAAAAGCAUGAUAAAUGAGUUUCAUACAUUCUAAGAUGAUUCUCUACUGCAAGAAAAAAAUAUUCUGGCAGAGCUCUCGAUGGUUUCAUUAUUAGAAAUGCAAAGUUGCUAUUCAAAUCUUUAGUCUGAUUUGAGGCCCAGGGAAAGAGAGUGAAAGUAUGAGGAAAAAGGUAAUGAGAGACCUUGACAUGACUUCAAGCUAUUGCUGUGGGGAAGAACCUGAGAAUCACUGAAAUACCAGCUUGGAACCCAUAAAACUAUUUUUCAGUUGCAUUGUGAGUUACAGGCACUUAAGAAGCUACUUCCAGUAACUAAAGAAAUUAUUCUCUUCCUUUCAAACAUGUGUUCUCUGCUUAAUACUAUGGGGGUUUUUCUAUCGUUGUGUAAGAACGCAAAUUUUACCAGUCUGUGAAACUUGCCCAGUCACGGUUAAACAGACUUGUGAAAAAAAACUCGCAGAUUACACAACAGUUGCAAAGAAUAAUGCCACACAGGAUGAGUGGAAGAAGAUGAUAAAAGUAGCCUGAUGCUAUGCUAACAUGCUACUAAAAGAAGCCCCAGAAUGGACAACUUCAUGCUUGCUAAGGAAAGCUGCCUUCUCAUUCUCAUCUCCACAACUCCUGCGGAGAUGCAAGUGUAUUCUAUAGAUAUUUUUUUUUCCUUUCCAAGAUGUGGCAAACCCUCUAGCUGGGUUCAAUGGGGAUACAGUUAAAAGGUGAGAAGGGUUCCUUUAGUUUUUCAGAUUGCUGGCAUUUUGUUUUUGUUUCCUACUUAAACCAGCAGAAGCUUCAUGAAAAAAGAAGUUAACAUGAAUCUCAUAUCUUUCUGAGGAGAAAGGAGAACUGACAGCCAGGUUCCCCGUGAUCUUCCUUAAAAUGUAAGAGAGAAUUGCAUAAAUAUAAAAGAGAGAAAAUACCCUAUUACAAAGUAUAAUCUAUGGUAUACAACACUGAGCUUCCUUUGUAUGUGUAUGAGUCUCCAUUUCACCUCAUGGGAUUUUUUAUCUUUUUUUUUUCUUUUUCUUUUGAAAUGGCUUAUUUUUAGACAAAUGGAAGUGGAACCCUUGUUACCUCAAUGGGAGGGUCUGUGGACAUACCUGCAUACUUGAGUAGGCAUCUCUCUGGCGUGUGUCUUGGGAGAAACUUCUGGAAAUAAAGGUAUAGUUCUUAGUUUAAGAUACAGAUGUCUUUCUUUAGAGGAGAAAACCUGGGGCUGAACUGAGUAGCUAAGCCAAACUGCUGUUUUUGUAAUCUAAGGAGGCCAAACUACAUCAAGAAGUUAUGAAAGCACACCCUCAGUUGUAUUUUACAAUUUCCUGAAAACAAAAUAGGUUCUCUAGAUUUUGAACCAUUGUAGAUACUUGGAAUUGAUUUGAAAAAGGAAAGAGCUAUAUACAGUUGUGUUUGUAUCUCUAUGAAAAUAUCACACAUACGAUGAAAGCAGGAAACGGUGUCUUUUGAUAGAUAUUGUACGUGGUGAUUACGGUUAAUCUAUUUCAGAAGUAACGUGAUUUUCACACAAAGCCACUGUAUUUAUUUCUGUAAUAUGUAAGAAGACGGUAACAGAUGUAUCAUAUUCCAUGCUUCUAUCAUAUUAUAUAUAGUGUUUUCCUAAUAGCUGAGUUGAAGCCAGUAACAGCCAGCGGAUACUGUUCUGCUGUCAUACCCUACAUUACAGUGCAUACGUUAUGAGGGUGUUGGGUUUUUUUGCCACUUGGUCAAUACUGUGGCAGGACCUGAAUGACGGGAGCACCCUACCAAUGUUUGUCCAAUGACUUCUUCCUGCAAAUUCCUAAUGAUCAGGAACCUACAACCUCCUUGGAUAACACAUUUUAGAUCACAUUUUUUGUUGUUGUUAGAAAGCUUUUCUUAACUCUGAUUGAAGCCUCUCUUAAGUGAAACAGGAUACACUCUGGUCUAUCUUUCUCUUCGUAGAAACUUUCCUUCACCAACACAGUCCUCCAUGUUUUGCACAGUUAGCUCAAAGAUGCCAUUUCCUUGACAGGAGGCUAAGAAAUGACCUUGGCCUGGUCCAGAAGUUACUUUUUUCAAUGCAGCUGCUUUCUGAAGAGCAUCUGAUCUCCAAGGCAGAAAUCUGUUCUGGCAGAGGAUGUUUCUUGGUGUGAGUUAGCAUAACUGGUCAUCAAAACGUGGCCUGACAGAUCAUUUUAAAAGAAUCAAGUUCCUUUUCCUCUUAACCAAGAAAGAGGAGCACUCACAAAGCCUUCAUAGGAAAAAAAAUAAUAAUAUUUUACUUUGCCCCUCAGAAAUAAUUUAAAACAAAAGCAGAGAAUGAGAUAACCUAACUGAUGACAUUUGCUGAAUACGUUUCCUGAAAUGCACAACCAUACUGAAUGCAGAACAACACUAUGGUAUGAAGCCCAUUUCAAGCAAAUAAUACAGCAUGGUAAAUGCCAGUCAAGGAGUUGUUCCUUCAUUGAUGAAUAUAAUUAAUUGUGAAUAAAAUUAAGGAAAAGGGGUAUGUGUUUCACAUUUGUUCUUCGUGUAUGUAAAAUGUUAACCAUCUACUUUUUGUUUUAACCUUUGUUUAAUCCAUUUUAUGUAUUAAGCUACUUUUAUUGUUACUUUAUGAUUGAACAAUCUACUUUAUUUUUGUUCACAAGUGUACCUGCUUCACUGGUGGUCUCUGAACACCACCAGCUGAAGCCGCUGGGCACCACCUGUGUUCUGCGAAUUCAAGGCCCAGACCCCCUAAAGAGGCCGCCUACAAGUGGGUGCAAAACUACCAAGGAAG